ACUCUAACCUCCGACCUUCGAUUCCGUUCCGUUCCGAUUAUUAGAAAAUCUGUUAUUGUUAAUUUUGUACGUUUUAAAAAGCCUUUUUGAAUUACAGAUAUUAAGUUUUAUGUUAUCUCUUAUCUACAAAUGCAAAUAUCUACAGCACAAUAAUAAUCCACAAUAUUCCUUUCUUCAAUCUAUGGUAGUCGACCUACAAAUUUUGUAACAGGUUAUCAUCAGUGGCUAGGCUAAUGUGUUAACCUGAUAUCAAAUUUAACUUUCCUGAUAAAUAGCUUUCAGUUAGGACACAAAUAAUAGAAAAAAGAUUAUGCCGAAUUUAUUAAAAGACGAGAAGGCCUUCGAAACUGCCAUACAGAACAAAAACCUCUCUGUUGUUCAUUUUCAAGCAGACUGGGCGGAACAGUGUACACAAGUAAACGAAGUCUUAGAUGUUCUUUCUACACAAAAGGACUUUGUCGAUGUGAAAUUUUAUUCAUGCCCGGCUGAAGAGCUUUCAGAGGUAUCGCUAAAGUAUAAUAUCGAAGCAGUACCGACAGUAAUUAUUUUUAAGUCUGGUAAAAAGGUCGAUAGAAUCAAUGGAGCCGAUGCUUCCAAGAUAACUGAAAAAAUAAGGCAAUAUACUUCCAUUGAAAAUGAUAUUGCGGAACAGAAUAUUCCUUUAGAAGAAAGGUUGAAAUCUCUCAUAAAUAGAGCAAAAGUCAUGUUAUUUAUGAAAGGCGAUAGGAAUACUCCACGCUGUGGCUUUAGUAGACAAAUUAUAGAAAUUUUAAAUAACACAGGCGUCCCUUAUGAAACAUUUGAUAUACUGAAUGACGAAGAAGUUCGUCAAGGAUUAAAAACUUACUCAGACUGGCCAACAUAUCCACAACUGUACGUUAAUGGAGAAUUGAUAGGAGGACUGGACAUUGUAAAAGAAAUGCUGGCAGCUGGAGAAUUUGCAUCUACGCUUAACGCAUGAAUAUUUUCUUUUCAAGUUAAGCUAAUAAUUUAUUAUAUUUCAUUAAAACACCUUUUUAAAAAUGUAUGCCUAUUGUA